AUGGCGACUGAAUUCUCUCUCAGAGAUGCCGAAUCGACGUCUCCCUCUGAAUUGCUCUUGGUUGAGCGACGUUGCUGUUUCUGCAUACCCUACCGGUGGCAGAAAGUACGUUCGUCGUCUUCGGAGUACCACUCUGAAAGAACUCUGUGGUCGCGAGGGAUCGACGCCUUGAAGAAGAUUCGAGAGUGGUCGGAGAUCGUCGCCGGUCCUAGAUGGAAGACCUUCAUACGGCGGUUCAACCGUAACAAAAGCUUCGGUCGACAAUCCCCUAAGUUCCAGUACGAUCCUCUGGCUUACGCGCUCAAUUUCGACGAAGGACCGUUGCAAAGCGGAGAUUCUGAAAUGGAGAAUGACUACAUGGUUCGUAACUUCUCUUCACGGUAUGCAUCACGGACGACGGUUCCGAUCACUUCCAAAACGUCGACCGAUCUCGGUAAGGAGACAAUCGGACCGAAUUUUGUGUGA